AUGAGUACCAGAGCCCUCGCCCUUCACAGAUACAUCUCACAGGAUGGAUUCAUCUUUCCUGAUGGCCCCAUGGCCCAUCGUCUCGUGCUGAAGCAAUUGCAUGCUUCCUGGGCUAAGCACUUGGAGCAAUACGAGAAUGUCGAUGCCAAAAUUGCCCAACUAUUUCAAGUCAUGCACGAUAACCGUCACAAGUACACCAGUGACCCGGAGUGUUUUUGGCAAACCGUCAAACAGCAAGUUCCAUGGGCUCUCCUCUUGGGCUUGAGCGAUAUAACAGAUAUCGCUGAAGCCCUGGUCUUGGCCCGUCGCAAUUAUAUUGAUAAGCUCGAAGAUGAUGGGGAGAUUGUUGAGGAACCCAAGGCGCUGCCUAAACUGGUUCACUCAUGGAUCCAUUGGCAUGAUAAGGUUCGUCAGGAAUCGAGGAGUGUUUCUACCGCCCUAUCGUUCGCACCUCGCCGCCGCGUUCGCUCAGGAAGCUUGUCCUCGGGACGAUUAUCCUCGGGACGAUUAUCCUUGGGGCGAUUAUCCUCGGGGCGAUUAUCCUCGGGGCGAUUAGUCUCGGGACGAGUAUCCUCGGGAAGAUUGUCCCCAGAAUGGAUGUUCAACUUAUCUAACAAACCUCUGUCUUCUGAGGAAGAUGAAGAUAGCGACGAUGGCGUACCGCUAAUCGCCAGUGGCCACGACAAUUCUGCUGCUGGCGACAACAAAAUAGAUAGGGAGGCGGCUAAAGCACAUGCCGAUGACACGAAUGAACUCACUCAAAAGACAUCGUCGCAAACCACGCCAUCAAAUGUCGAAAGUAUCACAACAUAUUACCCUGCGCAACGCGCUAGGUCCAACAGCCAUGUCCUCAUCAGCGAGACGGGCCAACCAUUACCAUCAAGUACUCGACUAGCCAGACUCAUUACUCAAACUCCGAGCGACAUCAUGGAGUCAAUUGAGUCCCUGACUGACCCUGGCACGCACAAGCACUACGCCAGUGCUGAUUCUCUCAGGCUUUACGACCGUGCAGAAUCUGCCCGACGACGGAAAGCUUUGCCGAAUUAUUUUACAGGUCCUAUUUAUAAGAACACCGCCGCGAGGCCUUCCAAAUUCCGACGGAUUGCUCCCAAACAUGCACCAAACCCAGCCGCUCCUGCCCAGCCAAGAAGAGCUAUCACUCGUAGCGCAGCAAACAGUAUCUCAGCAGCCCUUUCCGAGGUUGCCAGUGCUCCUAUCAAUAGCGGUGAAAAGAGCCAGCCAUCGAAUAAAACUAAGACCCAAAAGACAACUAUCACCCAAAAAUAG